GUUUGGAGGUUGCUAUGUUCAUGCUGCUUGUCUUUGGAGCAUUGCUUCAUGAAGUUCCCCUGAGUGGCCAAGACGAGGUUCCUCCCCAGGCUGAUGGCAUUCUGGGCGCCCCUCUGUUCAACUAUGCCAGCCUCCGCCUGCCAGAAGAGCAUAUUCCCUUCUUUUUGCACAAUAAUAGGCAUAUUGCCAUGGUCUGUGAGAAAGACUCGCAUUGUCCUUAUAAGAAACACUUAGAAAAUUUAAAGUACUGCUGGGGUUAUGAGAAAUCCUGCAGACCAGAGUUCAGGUUUAGUUAUCCUGUUUGCACCUACGUGGAUAUGGGAUGGACGGACACUCUUGAAUCAGCCCAGGAAAUAUUCUGGAAGCAAGCCGACUUUGGGUAUUCUGGAGAGCGGCUGGAGGAACUCCAUGUGCUCUGCCAGCCGAAGGGAAUGAACGACUCAAGUUUAGUGUGUUCCCGUUACCUUCAGUACUGCAGAGCGACCAAUCUCUACCUUGAUUUAAGAAACGUCAAGAGAAACCACGACAGAUUUAAGGAAGAUUUUUUCCAGAGCGGGGAAAUUGGAGGACACUGUAAACUUGACAUUCGUAUGUUGAUGUCUCAAGGCCAGCGCAAAAGCCCUCUGCAGUCUUGGUUUGCUGAGCUGCAAAGCUAUACUCAGCUCAACUUCAGACCAGUAGAAGAUGCUAAGUGUGACAUUGUUAUUGAGAAACCAACCUACUUCAUGAAAUUAGAUGCAGGUGUUAACAUGUAUCACCACUUCUGUGAUUUCAUCAAUCUUUAUAUUACUCAGCACAUUAAUAAUUCCUUCAGCACAGAUGUGCACGUUGUGAUGUGGGACACAAGCUCCUAUGGAUAUGGUGACCUGUUCUCCGAUACAUGGAAAGCAUUUACUGAUUAUGAUGUUAUACAUUUGAAAACUUAUGAUUCCAAAAGGGUAUGUUUUAAAGAAGCUAUUUUUUCCUUACUCCCCCGGAUGAGAUACGGGCUGUUCUAUAAUACCCCUCUGAUAUCUGGCUGUCAAAAUACCGGAUUAUUCCGGGCAUUUUCCCAGCAUGUACUACACAGACUGAACAUCACACAAGAGGGUCCCAAGGAUGGAAAAAUUCGAGUCACCAUUCUCGCACGGAGCACGGAAUACCGGAAAAUACUCAACCAAAAUGAGCUUGUAAAUGCACUGAAAACGGUAUCUACAUUUGAGGUCCAGAUUGUCGAUUAUAAGUAUAAGGAACUUGGGUUUUUAGAUCAGCUAAGGAUCACGCAUAACACGGACAUAUUUAUUGGAAUGCAUGGAGCUGGUCUUACCCAUUUACUUUUCCUUCCAGACUGGGCUGCUGUGUUUGAACUAUACAACUGUGGAGAUGAACGGUGUUACUUGGACCUGGCCAGGCUGAGAGGCGUCCACUACAUCACUUGGCGAAGGCAGAGCAAAGUCUUUCCUCAAGAUAAGGGCCACCACCCAACUCUGGGGGAACAUCCGAAGUUUACCAACUACUCUUUUGAUGUAGAAGAAUUUAUGUACCUUGUCCUUCAGGCUGCAGACCACGUAUUGCAACACCCGAAGUGGCCAUUUAAGAAAUCACAUGAUGAGCUAUAAAUGUGUUGAGUCGUUUUGCCAAAAGGGAGUGUUUAAACGGUCCUCCAUCCAGACUCACCUCACAGUUAAAUAGGUAAAACAGCCUGUUAUCUCCUAGCCCCAAAGUACCUUUUUCUAAUGCCAAAACAUGCCUUCAGGGUAUUACUUAUGUGUUUUAUAGUCUUUAACUGUUUCAUGUGAUUGUUGUGUCAUUGCUAUUUAUCAAGAUACUCUUUUUGCACUGAAAACUUUACUUCUUAUAGUUCACAAAUUGGGCCUGGGCUCACUGGCGUAAUUGAGCCUUUUUCUUAGGGAUACCAAAGUUUGCAACUUUCUUAGCUUUAGAAUUUGUAAAUGUUUUUAUAGAAUACUAUGAACUCGUCA